AUAUAACAAAAUAUAUAAUAGAGUUUAGAUUAUAUAUAUAAAACAAAGGUGAGUAUAGAUAAAAGAAAAUGAUUUGUAAUAUCUAUAUAUGUAUAUAUACAUAUAGGGGCAUAUAUAUAUGAGCAAGGAAAUGUGAUAAAAUUAGAGAGGGUAUUAUUGUAAUUUUAUGAAAAGAGGAGGGUUAAAAAUAACUUUUGAUAAUUUAUACCUUCAUAACAUCUCAAAUUUGUGAAAUGAAAAUAUAGGUCUUUCAUAACCCUCUAUCUUUUAAUUGUCAAACAUGAAUUAGUUUAAUCCUUCCAUAAAAUUUCCCUCUAUAACUCCUCAUAACCCUCCAUCUAGACAAGAUGUUAAUGUCAAUUUGUAACACCGAAAACAAAAGCGAGCUUUUAUUCCGGCUCGGCGGUUGUUCUAUUUCUAUCGACUUCCAUCAAUGCGAAUGGAGAACUAUAUAUUAAAAUCCUACCCUGAGCUAGAUGUGAUUAAUUGACUGAGCCCUUUAACUGGGAAGAAGCAAAACUAGAACAACUUAUAUUGGCUUGAUGCACUUUGCUUGUCGAUCAAAUAACCCAACUAGUAAACUGCGGAACUUCUAACUAGAGAUGUUGAACAUCCUCCUAGAAAACCCAAGUUCUUAUAUAUGUUCUUUGGGAUCGAUUUAUGUUGUUUUGAUUUUUUUCAAAAUAGAAAAUUAAGUUAGCAAACGUGAAUAUUGGUUCUUUCGGAUUACCCUCAAAUAGUUCGUAAGUUAUGUAUCCAACAAAUUAGAACUACUAGGUGUGGCAUAAUAACAUUUAAGUUAGACAAGGAGGACGGCGUGGUAGAAGGGACAAAUCCCAAAGAGUGGAAAACGCGAAUCAAGCGUCAAUUUGGAUCAUGUGUCUUGCCAAUGCUUUUUGCAUCUGCUUGCACAUAUUCGGGCCCUUACUUUAGGAUCGACUGAAGGCCAUUUCCAAAGACGCAACUAAGAAGCGUCGGCUUGGGUUCAACGUAUGUAUAUGCAAACCUUUCUGCGGCGUCCGUGCAAAUUUGCAUUUUCCAGCAGUAUAAUCAUCAACAUAUGUAUAGGCAAAACGAGUUGAGGAAAAUUAAACUACGAUACUCGUUUAACUCGAUUAUUUCUUGAGAGUUUGCUGAAAUCAGGUCUAUAAGCAAGGAGCGCCAUACUUUUUGUGAAAGCAUUAUUCAGCUUAGUUAAUUCGCACCUAACUAGACCGAUGUCUUUUAUGUUGUGUCAACCUAAAAGGCGUCGACCUAUGUCCUUUUUCACGUCGGGAGUGAAAUUUUCAGUGCCAAAACUUGAAUCAAAAUGGGGGAGUAGAGGACUCCCACACUUAAUGACGAUGAUCAAGCAACAACAAUCACCAAACACCAAGAAACUGUAAAUACACAAUUUUUCCGUCAUGAAGGAGAUUUGUGGAUCAUGUACAAAAUUAAAAAUAAUGCAAAAUAGAAGGACAUACGAAUCCCACUAAUUAAUAUUGAAGUCAACACUUCUUGGUUUCAAGUUAGCGUUUUGUAUCACUAUAUUAAGAUCCGUUUAUCAAUAAAUAUCCAAUUUUAUCAAGAAAAGUCGUGGCUAACGUAGUCAACGUAAUCGGAUGUGGACCUUAUUAAAAGGGUUCCCUAUUCCCAUAGUUCAAAUACCAAAAAAAAAUAAAUAAAUUCUCCUAAAAUGCCAGUAACCUAAUUAUAUUGAUCAAGCAUUGAUUUGUACGAGCCCGUUUACAUUGAUUGCAAAGAACACCUAUCCAUCUAUCAUAAGAAAAUUAAUCUUUGUAAACACUUAGUUUUGGGAAAAAAAAUUAUCUUCUUAAUUUAAUUAAGUAAUUUCAGUUUCGCACCUGCUUAAUUUUCCUGACUCUCUGCCAAAAGAACCAGAGAAUAAAUUAAUUUCGGUUUUGUGUCAUGCAUCCUUCUUCUCUUUGCCUUUGUCUUUUCAUUCCAUUCCGUUAGAUGACGCGAUCCAAUCAAUGGAGGAAGGCUUUGAGAACAUAGCCUAUGAUUACUCCCCCAUCCUCCGCAUCCACAAGAAUGGCUUCAUAAAAUGGUUCAUGGGCACCGACACCAUCCCACCAUCCAUGGACCCUGCUAAACCAGUCCCCUCCAAGGAUGUCGCGAACUCCACUGAGCCUACCAUCUCAGCCAGGCUAUACCUCCCAAACAACCUGCCAUCCUCGUCCUCAAAGCUCCCAGUCUUGGUCUACUUCCAUGGGGUAGGAUUCGUCAUCCAGACCACAAUGUUCCUGAACUACCACCAUUACCUCAACGCCCUCGCGGUUGAGGCCAGGGUGGUCAUAGGCUCGGUGGAGUAUCGGCGGGAGCCCCAGUAUCAUCUCCCGGCAGCAUAUGAUGACUCGCAAGCCACAAUCAAGUGGUUCGGGGCCCAUUCGGGAGGGCUGGGCCAGGAGGAAUGGUUGAAUAACCACGCGAACCUGAGGAAGAUGUACCUUGGCGGGGACAGGGCUGGGCCUAACAUUGCUCACCACAAGGGACUUCUACUCGGGGUCGGUUUUUUUUUGCCCCCUACUUUCAUAGGAAGUGAAAGGUGAUUAGGACUUUUUCGGUUAUUAAGGACGCCCAUGAACACAAUAGAAUGAAAUAUAAAUCAUAAUAACUAAUAAAUGGACACGAGUAGUCUUAGUAAGUAUCUAACAUAGAACCUUUAGUUAUCAGGUAAGAGUAUACGUCACUAUGUUAUACCCAUAGUCCAAUGCCUUGCUACGGUUUAAUUGCUUACUAGUACGUAGAUUAGCACCUUUAGUAGUUGGCGACAAUAUGAAAACCCAUGCAUAUCCAAACCUCUG